AUGCUCAGCUGGCGCCCAAGCCGCCGAGGUGGCCGCACUGCGCGUCGAGUGGGCCGUGACCCUAUGCGGUACAGGCCAGGAAUUGGCCUGAUACGCUCCCGCAAUGCAAGCUCUUAUCCAAUGGACAAUCGUAGAAGCCGAGACCUUCCGGCCUCUGGAGGCCGGAUUAUUGACAAAGAAAUCAAUCCAUUUGUGGACAAAUGGGAAGAAGAGGGAGAAUUUCCAGCACACCAAGUUUUCAAAACUCUCGGGAAAGCUGGAUUUUUUGGAAUAGACAAGCCAACCGAAUACGGCGGCCUAAAUUUGGAUUUCUCCUACAAUGCUGCAGUGGCAGAAGAAUUUGGACAUAUUCGCUGUGGAGCUAUUCCCCUAGCUAUUGGGGUACAAAGCAGUAUGGCUACACCAGCUCUUGCAAGAUUUGGUACAGAUGAGCUGAAGAAAGAAUUUCUUGCUCCAACAAUAGCUGGAGAUAUUGUGGCUUGCAUAGGAGUGAGUGAAUCUGAGGCAGGUUCAGAUGUUGCAAAUAUCAAGACCAAAGCUGUAAGAAAAGGUGAUGACUAUGUGAUAAAUGGUAGCAAAAUGUGGAUCACUUCUGGAUUUCAGGCAGACUGGAUGUGCCUCUUGGCAAACACAAAGGAUGGACCACCCCACAAAAACAAAUCACUCCUAUGCCUGCCAAUGAAGCUGCCUGGUAUUCACAUUGCUAGGAAAAUUAACAAGCUUGGUAUGAGAUCAUCUGACACAGUCGAAGUCUUCUUUGAAAAUGUCAGAAUUCCCAGCAAAUACCUUAUUGGGGAAGAAGGAAUGGGGUUUAUUUACCAGAUGUUGCAAUUCCAAGAAGAACGAAUGUGGGGAGUAGCCUCAGCAUUGAUAGCUCUAGAAACCAUGAUAAAAGAAACUAUUGAUUAUACUUCUCAGCGGAAGGCAUUUGGCCAACCAAUACUUCACAAUCAAAUAGUGCAUUUUCGCCUGGCUGAACUAGCGACUGAACUGGAACUGCUUCGUGCAUUGCUAUACGACACGAUAAGUCUCUAUAUACAUGGUAAUGAUGUGACAAAACUUGUAUCCAUGGCCAAGCUAAAGUGUGGACGUCUAUGUCGAGAGAUUCCAGAUAGCUGUCUCCAGUUCUGGGGAGGAAUGGGGUACACUAAUGAAGUGCUAGUGAGCAGAAUGUACAGAGAUUUAAGAUUGAUGUCAAUAGGAGGUGGCUCUGAUGAAAUCAUGCUGUCCAUUAUAUGCAAAUACAUGGGUAUAUUGCCACAAAAGAACCAAAAAGGAUGACCCCUGGAAUUUUCAGAACUAUAUAGCAGGGGUCCCCAAUACCCAGUCCAUGGACCGGUACCGGGCUGUGGCACACCAGCAACCAGGCCACACAAGAAGCAAAGCCCCAUCCGCGGGAUGCAGUCAGUACACAAAAUCACGCUCCCUCCAAUCCGCGGAAAAAACUUCUCCCCACGUAACCGGU